AUGAACAGUCGUGCUCGCAUGAGCGUGUCGCCGAACUCGAAGGAGCAGGAGAAUCCUCGACGACAAGGCGGCCUUGCCGCAUACAGGGUUGUAUUCUCCUUCAACCGACCGGGACACUUGUUUGUACUCAUUCCUGCAGUUCUACUUGCAGCACUCUCAGGUACCAUCAAACCUGCCAUGUCCAUAUUGACUGGUCACUUUUUCACAUCCUUCGCACAAUACGCUGCUGGCACUAUCGAUGCCCAGGUUAUGACAAAUAGCACAAGGUCGAUAGUGUACGCUUUCAUCGUCGUUGCAGCAAUAACAUGGCUGGCGAAGGCAGCAGUCUGCACCACUUGGAUUACGUACGGAGAAAUGCAAGCCGCAGCUGUCCGAGAAGAUCUCUUUUCCGCCCUGAUCGUCAGAGACCUGGCAUGGUUCGAGGCCCAAGAGGCUGGCGUCAGUUCUUUGCUCAGCAGAAUCCACACAUCUCAGAUUUUCAAAUGGCUGUUUCGCAACCGCUACCGGCAGGCCAUCACGGACCAACAAGCAGGACUAACCCUCGCUACACAACAGGUCAAUCAUGCCAUUAAGAAUGUGGUACUCGUCAAAUGCCACAACACGGAAAGCAGCGAAGUUCAGCACUACGUCCAUAUCCUUGAUUCGUCAGAUCGCCAUUUUCGUCGCCAAACGUAUAUUGCUGCACUUCAGACUGGCUUCAUGCGCAUCGCAGCAGCCCUCGUCAUGGUUCUAGCUCUUGGCUUCGGCACCUACCUGGUGCAUAAAGGGGGUGCAAGUCCAGGUGAGAUCCUGACAACUUUCUGGUCCGCAGUAUCUGCUUCUACGAGCUUCAACGAGUUGCUGCCGCAAAUCUUCUCCUAUCCAGUCCGUCCUGAUCACUACGUCCUCGGAGACGUCACGCUAUUCUUUCCAGCUCAUGAAACUACGUUUGUCGUUGGCAGAAGCGGUUCUGGCAAAAGCACACUAGGUGCUCUUUUGUUGCGGUUCUAUUCGGCCAACAGUGGAUGCAUCACCAUUGAUGGCACAAAAAUUCACAAGUUGGACACUCGAUGGCUCCGAAAUAACGUUACCUUGGUCCAACAAGACAGUGUCUUGUUUCGAGGCACCCUUCGUGAAAACAUCACGAUGUGUUUCGAAGAUUAUACCAGUCUGGCAGCUUCACGAAUCGCAGACUGCUUGGAUUUCGCCCAGCUCCAACACGCUACUGAGGCUCUGCCAGAUGGCCUUGAGACAAAGAUUGGCAAGGGUGGCUCUGAUCUGUCUGGGGGACAGAGACAACGGCUGGCUUUGGCUAGAGCCAGACUACGAGAUACACCAGUCUUGGUCCUUGAUGAGUCGACCAGUGCUUUGGAUCACACAGCAAAGAUUCAUAUCAUGCGUAACCUUAGGGAAUGGCGGAGUGGCAAGACGACAAUCAUCAUCACCCACGACAUGUCUCAAAUCAGGUCUGGCGAUUUUAUGUAUGCGUUCAAGGAUGGUAGGAUCAUUUCGGAAGGCUAUCGAUCCACUGCCGAAAGCCAGCUGCAGCAGUCACUUAACCAUGACAUGAUCGGAAACCCACUCGUACCCAUCGAGGACGACUCUGAACAGUUUCAGACACAAAUACGACGUACACAAUACUUCCAAAGACCACAGCCUGCCCGUGCGGGUACCAACCUCUCCGUCAGCUCGUUUGAAAGCGGAUUCAGCGCGAGCACGCUGGAGGAGCACCGUCGUCUGCUCGACAAAGCCGACGAUCGGUACAACAUCAAUAACAAGUUCCGUAAAUCUCUCAAGGUCGUGAAGAGCAAACAUGCAAAGCGCCAACUUGUAGACGAGAGCUUGCAUAUUGAUUUCGAAUUGGAGACUAUGUCGAAGUCUCAAAAAUGGGGCGAUCGUUUGACAAGAACGCCAGCAGUGAGACCGUACAGCAUGCAUCCUUCGACGGCUCUAAGACCAACACAUCUGCAACAGGAUCUGGCCAUGGCGAAAUCGGCCAGGCCCAUCACUAUAUGGCAGGACGUCGCUGAAAACACAGCAGUAGUUCUUCGUGGCGCAGAGGAAACUGCAAUGCCGCAAUGGGAGACCUAUUUGUUUCGGGAUCUUAUGUACACAGUGUGGUCAUCCUUAAGCUCGAAACACAGGCGCUCACUAAUCUUUGCCUUCAUUACUGCCGUCUCGUACGCAGCCCUGCCCUCCAUGACAGCAUGGCUAAUGGCUAAGAUGUUUACAAAUUUUUACCAGGACAAAGGCUGGGUUCGGGAUGCGGUGAAAUGGUCGGGAAUACUCAUCACCAUAUGCUUUCUCGACGGCGUAGCAGCUUUCAUCAUACAAUUCUUGUUCGAAACCUGUGGACAGGCAUGGAUACAAUCCUUACGUCAAUUGGCUGUCGCUCGCAUCCUCAUUCAAUCAAAGACUUGGUUCGAUAACGAGAGCUUGUCAUUGACAGAAAUUUGCAGCUCCCUUGACAAAUCAGCAGAGGAUGUGCGCGAUUUUCUAGGGAGGCUGGUCUCAUUCGUGCUUAUAGCCAUUGUGAUGGUCGUGAUCGCUCUCACCUGGAGCUUGAUCACGUGCUGGAAAUUGUCACUGACAGUAGUUGCGUGCGUUCCUGUCAUAUAUGCUGUAACGAAACUGCUCGAUUUCGUUUCGACACGUUGGCAAUCGCGCAGCAACGACGCUGCCAUUGAGUCGGCCGAUGUCUUUGCCGAGAGCUUCUCCGACGUUCGAACAGUGAGAGCCCUCACUCUGGAAUCGCGAUUUCACAGGAAGUACACAACUUCAAUAUCCAAAACUUUUCGUGUUGGUCUCAGGCGCGGGUUCUACGUUGGCAUCUGUUAUGGGGCAUCCGAAAGUCUAUUGUCUUUCACGCUGGCCUGUAUCUUUACAUAUGGCACCACCUUAGCAACCUCGCAACAGUUUACAACUAAGUCAAUACUUACAGUAUUGUCCCUAAUGUUGUACAGCAUGCUGAGUGCAAGCUCUAUCUUGACUCUUGUACCCAGAAUCUCGUCCAGUAUAGAAGCAGGCAAUCGUUUGCUGAAACUGACGAACUUACCAUCAUACUCUCAAGAACAAGAAGGUCUAUUAAAGUUGCAACACGAGAGUUUCACUGCCACGAUCAACUUCAACAGACUGACAUUUCACUAUCCCAAUAGACCAACUACAGCUGUUCUCAACAAUUUCGAUCUCACGAUUGGAGCUGGACAGUUCAUUGCAGUAGUAGGUCGUUCGGGUUGUGGCAAAUCGACCAUAAUCUUUCUGAUACUUGGCCUCUACCUUGCAGGCGACGCACGAACAGCCUCACGAAGUCUGCAGAUAUCAGGACACGACAUACACUCCCUUGACCUUGCCAGUCUUCGCUCACAUAUCGCCUACAUGCCUCAAGACGCCGUUCUCUUUCCUAUCAGCAUACGAGAAAACAUCCUGUACGGCCUCGAAACACAAGAAGAUAAGGACACAAGAUCCGACGAGCGCCUUCACACCGCCGCCCGUUCCACAGGCAUCCAUGACUUCAUCACCUCCCUCCCGUCAGGCUAUGACACCAUAGUCAGCGACGGCGGUCAAUCCGUAUCAGGAGGUCAAGCUCAACGAAUAGCUCUAGCGCGCGUCUUCGCCCGUCGACCCAAGAUCCUACUCCUUGACGAGCCGACGAGUGCUCUUGACCGCGACAGCGCAGAAGUCAUACGCCAGAGCUUGUUAGCGCUGACGAAAUUGCCUGAAGAGGAAAAGCCGACUAUCAUAGUUGUGACGCAUAACAAGGAGAUGAUGGAAAUAGCUGAUAGAGUUGUCAUGCUUAAGAACGGUGCUGUGGUCGAGGACGGUGGGUUCGAAGCACUGAUGAGGCGCAGAGGUGAUUUGUGGAAUCUGAUGAAUCCGGUUGGGGAGUGA